AUGAUCAAAGCCGGGAUUCGGGUAAUUAUAGAAUUAAGGAAAGAAGUGAAAGAUCGUGAUACCGCACAAGUCAUUUUGCAAAUGAUUUCAGCAGACAUUAUGAUUCAUGAUGGAAUUAAAGUCUUUGGUGUUCUGACAGACUUGAAUAGCACGUGGAACAUUUAUUAUUAUUGGAUAGAGGAUAAGCAAAUUCUGACUAUCACACUGUCCAACCGUAAAAAAGCAUUGGAGAUAAUUAGUAAGAUGUCAACUGACAAUAAUGGCAAUUCUGUGGAUGUGAAAGUAUCUGAACCAAUGAAAGAUGUAUAUGAUCAGAUGGAUGAAGAUGAGAUACACAGACACAAACUAUACAGUAUCUUUAAAUUGCUUAAAUAUAAUCCACUAUUUUCAAACAUGUAUGCUAAGCCUCAAUAUCCGCCUCAGCAGAAGGAUUAUGCUUAA